AUGAAGCUAAACCCGGAGAGUUGUGCAUUUUGGGUCAGUUCGGGAAAGUUUCUUGGGUUUAUGGUAUCUAAUAGAGGGAUAGAGAUCAACCCCAAAAAAAUAAAUAUUAUAGAGGACAUCACCGUAGUCGACAACAUCAAGGCGAUUCAAAGACCGGCCGGGCGGAUAGCCGCGUUGGGCCAGUUCAUCUCGAGAUUGCCAGAUAAGAGCCAUCAGUUCUUCUCACUAUUGAAGAAAAGGAAACAAUUUUUCUUGGACUCCGAAAUGCCAGCAAGCUUUGGAAGAACUCAAGUGAUACCUAUCAAGCCCCCAUUUGUUGCACACUCUAAAGACAAAGGAACAAUUGUACCUCUACUUGGCAAUUUUCGAGGUGGCAAUAAGUGGUGUCUUAGUCCGAGAGGAAGAAGGAGCAGUAGUGCAGCUGAUGAACUCGACGAUAGAAGAAGGUCUCACCGAAGCAAACUCGACAAGUUUGACUUGGGAUUGGAGAAAUAG